AUGGCUGGAAUCGCAGCUGGACGUUUAACAGAAAAGCGUAAGGCAUGGCGUAAAGACCAUCCCUUCGGGUUCAUAGCGAAACCCGUAAAGAAUCCCGACGGAACCCUCAAUCUCUUCAAGUGGGAAUGUGCCAUACCAGGCAAGAAGGACACGAUAUGG